CUCACUUCCCUCCUGUUAAUCCUUCAUAGCGGCGCACAGUAAAGAAGCAGCGGCGGAAGCUAACAAAGCACUACUUGGGCUUCAUUUGAGUAGAUUUUUAACUAAUAACUUGCUAUGGCAGCAAUCAGGAAAAAGCUGGUCAUAGUGGGAGAUGGAGCCUGUGGGAAGACCUGUUUGCUCAUCGUGUUCAGUAAGGACCAGUUUCCAGAAGUCUACGUGCCCACAGUGUUUGAGAACUAUGUUGCUGACAUUGAAGUCGACAGCAAACAGGUCGAGUUAGCACUCUGGGAUACAGCAGGUCAAGAGGACUAUGACAGACUGCGCCCGCUCUCCUAUCCAGACACUGAUGUCAUUCUCAUGUGUUUCUCCAUUGACAGCCCUGACAGUCUUGAGAACAUCCCUGAGAAGUGGACCCCUGAAGUGAAACACUUCUGCCCUAAUGUUCCCAUUAUACUAGUGGGAAACAAAAAGGAUCUGCGUAAUGAUGAGCACACUCGGAGGGAACUUGCCAAAAUGAAGCAGGAACCCGUUAAACCUGAGGAUGGGCGGGACAUGGCUAACAGGAUUGGUGCCUUUGGAUACAUGGAGUGCUCUGCAAAAACAAAGGAUGGUGUGAGGGAGGUAUUCGAGAUGGCUACCAGGGCUGCACUACAGGCCAGGCGGGGAAAGAAGAGUAAUAAAUGCGUCCUACUGUAAAAGGAGGCAUGAGGACUGCUUCCUGGAGGGGGAAAGAAGGAGAAUUAGGUCAAACCUACCCCCAACACAACCCACCCAAAAGACUGUUCUCCCCAGUUUUUACUAAAGAUGUAAUGCUUUUACUUUUCUUUUAUUUCUUUAUUUCUUUUUGGUCUUAAGCAAAACUAGUCAGGUUCUGUCAGUAUUCAACUUUGAAGUUAUGGAAAAUACUUUUUUUGUACUUAAACAUAAGUAAAUUUGCCAUAAUAAUCAAACCUCCUUUAUCCACACGUUCUAUGUAAUCAAAAAGGUCAGCGGGGGAACCGUGGUGUCAGCCUGCCAACUGCAGUUAAGUGCUUAAGCCCUGCGAGCUGAUCAGAGGAAUGUUUCCACAGCCAACUAGGGUUGAAGUACCUGCUCACUGUGACCCGUAGUCCUUUAAUUAUUGACAAACUCGUGCACACAAAGUCAAAAUUUGUUUGUGUUCUUCAUAAACAAAUCUGCAUUAUGAUCACAUGCACAAUGCGAGACUGGAAAAUCUUUUUGCUAAAAUGCAAAUGGAAACUUAGUGUUUUGUGUAAUAAAUUACUUUGUAAGAAUCUGGAUAACUUGCAUCACUUGAUUGAACACUGAAUUAAACUGAACUAAUGAAUUAAAGCCCUGCCUAGGAACAGAAUUCAACUUUAUGCAGUGGUGAGGAAAAUCAAAGGCUAGUCUAUGCUUUAGGCUCCUCAGUUUAUGGUGAACAUUUUGGAUUAAUACGGGCCACUCUUUGGCCGUUCCCCUGUGAGCUGAGCCUGAGUGCACACAAGCAUGUCAAUGAAUCCCAUUAAUAGUUGUUAAAAAACUGACAGCCGAGAUGUUUACUGAUCAGGACAGUGAAUGUGAAAAAUAAACCUGCCCAGACUUUCUGGGGGUCAAA